UAUGUUCAUCGGGGAAGGCUAGUGUAAUCCUAUUAUUAUCGAAACCGAAAAUGAAAUAUUAGGCUGUAGCUUCAUUACAAUGGGACAAUAAUUUGUCUUAUGGUUUUCUAGUGCAUUACCACCGACGUUUCGUACGGGCUACCGCUUGAAAGCAGUUUUGCAUACCAUAAAUAGCUCGUGAACACCGUUAGCCUUGUAAACAAACCUCACCUCUCGCAAUGUGCGAGAUUUGACGCUAUUGAACGGUGCCUUGACAAUGAAGCAGAGAGUAUGGUUAAGUGUGAUUUUUGUUUUCAACGCAAAGUGUAACGACGUUUCUUUACAGUCGGCCACAAAUAGCCUUUAUCUACGAAAAUUAGAUGUCAAAGUGAAAUUGCGGGGGACAAAGGAAGUCAGAACUUGGCCUAAUGACAUUCACGAGGACAAAGAGAGAAUGGAAACCCUUGGAGGAUCGAAGUUGCACGGAUUUGCCGUGGUUCCUUUUAUUUACUGUUUUCUGCGUCGGAAUGGGGAGUAUCUUUGGGUUCACCAUUGCCACGGGGGGCGCAGCCCGCCUGGUCUUCGGAUAUGACAGCUACGGGAACACCUGCGGCCAGCGCAAUGAGCAGAUUGAAGGGGUCAGGCUGAGUGGACUGGAUCAGACGGACAAAAAAUAUGUGUUCUUCCUGGACCCGUGUAACAUUGACAUAGUGCAGAGGAAGAUCAAGUCCAUGGCCCUGUGUGUGUCCGUGUGUCCUGAUGAAGAGCUGAAGACAUAUCAGGACCUCAAGCGGUUUGCCAUGCACAACGGGUCGGAGCUGUGCUCCUACGAGCUAGCCGGCCACAAAUAUCCCAGCCUUCCAGAGAGGUUUGACAAAUGUCCCAAACUUCCAGUUCCACCAAGCAAAUCUUUCCCGGUGUUCAACCGCUGCACGCCGGUGGACAUCUCCUGCUAUGCCAAGUUUGCCGAGGCUGUGGUGACGUUUGUGAGCGACAACAGCGUGCUGCACAGGCUGAUUGCUGGUGUGAUGGCCAGCAAGGAGAUCAUCGUGGGCCUCUGCCUGCUGGCACUAGUGCUCUCCAUGAUCCUGAUGGUGAUCAUCCGCUACAUCUCUGCUGUGCUGGUCUGGAUCCUCACUGCCACGGUGUUCCUGGGCUCUCUGGCGGGCACAAGCAUUCUGUGGUGGCUGUACAUAAACCACCGGUUAAAUGUCAACGAGACCCUAUCUAAAGAGACCACAGAGACUAAAGAUGUUAAGAAGGAAGCCGAGAUGUCCAGGGACUAUGCCCAGGCGCUGCUGGUGUACGCCAUCGCUGCCACUGUAUUCACAGUGAUCCUUCUCCUGCUGAUGCUUUUCAUGAGGAAGCGCGUGGCGCUGACCAUCGCCCUGUUCCACGUGGCUGGCAAGGUGUUCAUCCACCUGCCGCUGCUCACCCUGCAGCCCUUCUGCACCUUCCUGGCACUGCUCCUCUUCUGGCUCUACUGGAGCCUGGUGCUGCUCUUCCUCGGAACCACCGGGAACCCGGUCCAGAACGAGGAGACGGGUCUGACAGAGUUCCAGCUGACUGGGCCUCUGCAGUACAUGACGUGGUACCACGCUGUGGGCCUCAUCUGGAUCAGUGAGUUCAUCCUGGCCUGCCAGCAGAUGACUGUAGCUGGGGCUGUGGUCACGUACUACUUCACAAGGGACAAAAACAAGCUUCCGGUGACACCCAUCCUGUCGUCAGUGUUGAGGCUGAUGAGGUACCACCUGGGCACCGUGGCCAAGGGCUCCUUCAUUAUCACCCUGGUCAAGAUCCCACGCCUCUUCCUCAUGUACGUCCACAACCAGCUCAAGGGCAAGGAAAAUGCAUGUGCUCGCUGCAUGUUGAAGACCUGUAUCUGCUGCCUGUGGUGUCUGGAGAAGUGCCUCAACUAUUUGAAUCAGAAUGCGUACGCGGCGACAGCCAUCAACAGUACCAGUUUCUGUACGUCGGCGCGCGACGCCUUUGUGAUCCUGGUGGAGAACGCUCUGAGGGUUGCGGCCAUCAACGCUGUUGGAGACUUUGUCCUUUUCCUUGGCAAGAUCCUGAUCGUGACGUCCACAGCGUUCGCCGGUGUACUGCUGCUUAACUACCGGCAGGACUACGCAGAGUGGGUCCUCCCCCUCAUCAUCGUCUGCCUCUUUGCCUUCCUGGUGGCCCACUGCUUCCUGUCCAUGUUCGAGAUCGUAGUGGACGUGCUCUUCCUCUGCUUCGCCAUCGACACCAAAUACAACGACGGCACACCGGGCAGAGAGUUCUACAUGGACAAAGCCCUGAUGGAGUUUGUGGAAAACAGCAGGAAGUUGGAGCGGGUGGCGGAGCGAGGGCGGAGCCGGCCCACUGAGGUGGUGUCGGUGGAGGGGGCGGAGAUGAAGCCCAUGGUGAGUGACAGCGGAGGGGGCGGCGACGUGGGCGGAGAAACUGAGGCGGUGGGCUGGGGCUUGGAUGGAGGCGGGGGAGAGUGGGAGGAGCUGCAGGAGUUCCAUGUGUAUUACCUCCUGGCAGGGGUGCUGGUGGACUGGGCCCUGGGGGAGCAAAGUACCGUGGUCCCCUUGAUCCUGUGCCUGACUGAAGACAUGGUCCUCUUCUUCUUCGUCUACCUGCCCACCUCCACACUCUUCCUCUUCGCCACGCUGCUCCAGCAACCCUCCCCCGCUGUCGUGCCUCAGCCACAACCGAAGCCACCUAAACAGUCUGCUUCGCAUGCUAGCUAACGCAUGCUAUCUAAUGCACAACCACGACAUCACCCUCAUCUCUACUAACUAUUUUCUCACCUAACUAUUCAAUCCCUUUCAGUUUUUUUUCAUCUCCUGGCUAUCUUGAACCUGAAGUGUACAUUUUGUUAGCUUUUUUUUGUUGCCUUUUCAUCACCAUGGUGCUUUUUGGUAGAGAAGGACAUGUCUGGUAGUGCAGAUAAUCAGCUGUCAGCUUAGAAAGAUGGGGGCGCAAAUGAACACAAAGGAAGCAUACGAAAUGAACAGUCCGCCCCCCCCCUCCCAAAAGUAAACAGCAGUGAGCAACAACAAUGGCAGUUUCUUUUAUUUUUUUAUUUUUUUUUUCUACCAGGGGCCGAUGGGGAGAUGGAUGUAUGACUCAUAUUUCCCGUCUAAUGUACCGUGCUACUGGAUUUCCUGCCGGAAUUAUUUAGACAGCUGUUAGGAGCUACUGAAGUUGCCAACUCUGUUUUACUUGUAGAUUUGGCCUUUUCUUAUCUCCUAGAUGCACUCAGAUAGCAUUAUGGGUAAAAUGAUUAUUGUAAUUUGGUAGUUAUAGAGGUAGUAUCUCCCCUAACAGUUUAAAGUAAUAAGCUAUGUGUAUUUGUCAUAAUGCACAAUCAGUGUUGAUGAUGGCAGCAAUUCAGCUUUUACACAGGUGUAUCCCUCAGCCCUCCUCAAUGUCCAGCCUUCAGGGCACAAGAUGGACCUCCUCACCAUUCCACUGCAUGGUGUCCAUUUUUUAAAUUUAUUUUCAUAACAGCUUGGAAAUGGAUCUCACCCUUUUUUUCACCCAUUCCAUAAUUUUGUUAAAGACUGCAUGCGAUACUGUGAAUGGAGUAAUAACACUUGAAUGACUUUGCUUUCCAGGCUCCAGGAACAAGUUCAGCUUGACCAAAAUCACCUAAUGGGACUUUUUAAAGACAUUCCAAAAUGUUUAUUUUUACCAAUGUGUAACAUGUUUACUAUGGUUUCACUCCAGGGAAUACAAUAUUUUAAUAAGAAACUGUUAAAAAAACAAAAAACCGAUGUAAUGAAGCACUUUAUAUUGAAGCGCUGCAUAUUUUAAAUACCCUGCAUAUUUUAAAAGGCUGAUGCAUUUUUCGUAGUGAUGUCCUUUUUUAUAAGACUAAAAAAAUAAUUGCCAUCUAGUCGAACACAGUACUAAAAUGUAUUGAAACACUUUGGGUUGGACAUUUGUCAUGCAAUGAUAUAGCACUUAGAUGUGUUUUUAAUCAACCACUGAAACUUAAGUACGUUAGACUCACGUUUGCAUUUGAAUUGUGCGCAAUGUAAGAGUUUUUGUUUUGAAAGUAGGUGUAUUUUUACCAGAUUACAGCGAACUUCUAAACAUUUUUUUAUUUUUUAAAAAUCGCUUCCCCAAGGCUGGCUGUGAUUAUUUAUUUUUCUUACAUUUUUGGGAUGUACAGAAACCGAGGAUGCGAUCAUACAACUGUGUGUAACAGCAGGGGGAAGACCACUUCUAGUUCCCAUGGUUUGGAGGGACGCAGAGACAAAGUUACUGCCGAUUGGAAGUUUAUCCCCCUUACACCUAGACACUACUUCUUAGCUAUACAAGGGACCAUGAGAAGUUUCUAGGUGUAGGGACUAGGGCUGCGGCGGUCAUGAAAUUUUGUCAGCUGGUCUCAUGGUAAUUGACCGUUAAUUAACAUGAACAUGUUUUGCAUCUCCUGGCUUCCACACAUAGCCUACAAGCCACUGAUGCAGACCUUUGGAACAUCUACAACAUUUAAAAAAGUCUAAAUCUAUUUAAUAUAGCCUACAGGUCUAAAUAAACAUGAUACACAGAAAAUGUAGUCUAUUUCAGAAGAACAGAAUAACAUACUCUGAAUUGUCUUUGUUUGACCCUGAUCUGACUAUGCUACACUUCACUAGUGUACCUACUAGGUACUAAGGGUUCAUUUUGAAUUGGACAUGACAUUAACAGAGAGAACUAUCCAGAAGGCUGCAAAGUCUGUUGCUUUUCUUAGAACUCAACCAAUUGUGCCCUAGUUUAUUGAUUCACUUGGUUUAUUCAUCAAACCAGUCAGUCUUUAUGUGGAUCGAUGGACAUUUGACCUAAUUGGAGUCCUCUUCCACUGUUGUGGGAAGUCUCAGUAGAAAGCAAACUCAGACUUUGUAGCCCUCAAGCAAUAACGCAACACCUUCAGUAUUUACCACUACAAAAAUGUCUUCCUACUUGCACUACAGUUUUUCAAGACAAACGGUCCUGGCAUAGCGAUAGCAUCUCUGUGAUGUUAGGUGAGGGGGACACAAACUUGCACUUUGCCUUAACCGGUUCCAUAGGCUGCGCCCACUAUGUUAUUGGUUAGUGAUGUGACUCCCAUAAGUGUAUAAUGGGGGGUAGAAGUGCUGUAAGCCUUAAAGUCUCCUCUUCUUUUUGCAGUAGAUUUGUGUAUUUGAUAUCCAGAGCACUGAAUUCAUCGACGCGACUGAAGAACAACUGUCCCCCCUUUUCUUAUUAUAUUGAUCUUCUAAGUCAGAAAAUGCUACCUUUUUUUGUUUAUGUGAAGGGGUUCAGAAUGGUAUGAAUUGCACAUUAUGAUGUAUGCAGUUAUUUUCUAAUGGGAGUUUAAUAAUGUGUUGACAAGACUGAAUAGUAUUCUGAAACUUAAGUGAUCCCGGUGGAUAUUUUCAUUGUUCUUGAAAGGUGAGGUGACUGUUCACAUGAUAACCUUUCAUUUUCAGCCUCUCGUGUGAGAGAACAAGCGCCAGCCGUCCUUCACAAAAACAACGUUUCAAGAUAGGAAAACUAAAGUAUUUUGGUGCGCUUUUCUAGACCGUACACUAGGAUUUGCCCAGGAAAUAUUAAGAGCAUGCAUAUGAAGGUCAACCCGAAUUGUUGCCACAGUAAUCUAAUGCGCAAAGCAUGUUAAGAAUUGCACUAAGGUGGUAUUCAUUUCAACACUGAGCUCAAUUUCAGAUAUCUGUAAAAUAGUUAAGUCUAGCUUGGUCAGUCAGUACAAUUAUAGAGAUUUUUCAGAGGACAAAACUUUCCCAAGUGAGCAAACUUGCCCUAAAAGACGCCUAGUGCAAUCAAGGAAUCUACUUAUGACACAGGGCACACUACUAAUAACUCUGCAAUUAUCUGGGUAUGUGUAUUAUAGAAGACCAAGAUUAUGACCAUCGGGCACCUCCAGUCAUAACCCAUGCCGUUCUGUUUGCCAAACUGUACCAGUCGAUGCACACAAUAGGAAACUCAAACACUGACAACUUGGACAGAGACGUUGUUGCGCUAAAGGGGGGAACACUGACGGUGUGUUCAUUUUUCAGUUCUGGUUUUUCUUUCAAACAUUUUAUUCGCCUGUAAAGCAAGCUGCUCUGCCAACAGCGGAGACGCGAGGCUUGAUUUGUCAGCUUCUAUUGGCGCAGAAAGCCCUACCACUUGGAAGAGGCAGUAUUGUUAUAGCCAGUAGCUACUCUAAACGAUGGACCAUUAAACAACCUGCAUGUUUUCCGUCCCGGUUUUAUUCUCGCUCCCUUUUUAGAGCGAGCCAUCAAUAUGUAGGGUGUGAAUAUUACGGCAUUAGAUCCACGUGACUUAACUGAUAGAACAAUAGCUUUACUCAGCAACAAAGCCACUGUUUUUCGAGAUGAGUCGACCUCUUCUUCAUUCUUGGAAACAAACUGCGCGUCUAUUCUUGUCACACAGGAAUGGACAAUUCCUAGAAAAAGAUACUGUUAUGAAUAGGCAACACAUCAGUUUAAUUGUCUGGUAACACUAGCUUUUAGCUAUUUCUCUGCGGUAAGGUUGUUUAACAUUGGACAAUGUUUGAUUUUUAUAUUUAUUAUUUAUGUAUAUUUGUUAAAAAAAGAUAAAGGUAAUAAAUUGGAAAAUGUA